AUGAAUAUUCUCAAUUCAUAAAUACAAAAACAAGGCUUUGAAACUCAAGAAAUGGUGUGUCAGAAUCAUAAUAGUUAGAUCGUUGCUAUAGAUCUGGAUAUAUCAGAAAAAGGUUAAUAUUAAUAUAUGUGCAGUAAUUGUUUAGUUGAGAAAAUUAAUAGCAAUAAAAUAUCAACAAUCGAAUAAACAAAGGAAAGAAUAUAGAUUUUGAAAACGUAAAAAUAAAAAAAUAAGGCUAAAGAGAAUCAAUACAGGUUGGAUUACUUCAAGAAAAUACUUGAUUAAAUAAUGGACUUUAAAUGUAACGUAGACGGUGUUUUAGAAAAAAUCUAUAGUUAAAUUAAAGCCCAAAUCUUUACAAUUUAAAACGAAAAAUCAUCCUUAUCAGAAACCUUUUAAUCCAUGUAUAAUUUUUAGGAUGAUGUUAAAUCAUUAUCAGAUUUUCUUUCAACAGACCCUUAAUAUAAAUAAUUGGAGUUUGAAUAAGAUAGCUAGUUUAUUGAUUAAAUUUUUAAUUAAUUUGAACUCUUAUUUAAUAACGCUUCGUAUUUCUAAACCAUCCACACAUUUAAGGACGCUAAACAAAAAAUCAAUGAAGUAAAUGAGAAUAUGAAAUUUGAAAUAUUAGGUUCACAAAGUAAAAAUAACAAAGUACAUUUUAUUCCUUUAUUAGAAAACACCUACGUUAGGCGUAGUUUGCCCAACUCAUUAAAAGGAAAUUAUAAUGAUUGACAUAGAUACUAAGAAUAGAAAUAUGGAAGAUAGAUUUGCUUGUGUCGAUUGUAUUAGUGAUCGUCCAAAUUAUUAAUACAGAACAAUAGAAAAAGUAAAUUAGGAAUGGAACCAAGCAAAAAACCAAUAAGAUAGAUUUAUAAACGAAUUGAAGACCAAAAGGGAGGAAAAAUAUGAAAAUUUGAAUAAAUAAAUUGCAAGAAUGAGAAAGAACUACAAUUAAUAACUUAAUGAUAUAAGUGAUAAGAUAAUAGCAGAAUUUUCUUAACCAAUAACUAAAACAGUAGAGAUCUGUAAAUUUAAAUAGACCUCCAUUCAAGGAUUAAAUCAAGAUGAAUUGGUAUAAAGUAUUAGUUAUCUGAUUCAAUACGAUAAAGAAAAUGUGAUUCAAGAUUCAAAAAUUGAAUAUAUGAAAUCUAAAGAUUCUUUAUUAUCAAAAGAAAUUGAAACCAGAUUAGAGCACUUAAAAUAGCAUGAUUAAUUAGACAUUUAAGAGUCAUUAAAUAUUUUACAGGAUGUAUCAAGUAUUCAAAAAUUAUAAUUCUGUAGAUGAUAAUCAAAUUCAAGGAAUUCUCGUAUUAUCAAAACAAAUUUAGGAGAUUAAUAAAGUAAAUCAAGAACAAUUGAUAGUAAAGUAGGAAUUAGAUGAGUUGAUAAAUUCUUCAAAAUCAAUUUAUUGCUAGAUUGGUUUAUUCAAUGAAACAAUUCACAACUUUUAAGAACAUUAGAAAAAAAUUAAUUAUGUUAACAAUAAAAUUAAAUCUAUUCCAGAUUAAGAUCUUACAAACCUUCAAAAAUAAGUUCAAGAUUACAACGACAAAUUUGAAAAUGAUUUUAAAUACUUAAAGAAAUUUUGUGAAAAUUAGAAAUUAGAAACCAAUUUAGACGCCUUAAAGUUAGACUAUGAGAAAUUUUAACAAAAUAACUAGAUGAAGAUUGAGGAUUAAAACAUAAUAAUUGAUCAACUUAAGGAAAUUGAAAAAGCUAUGGAAUCUAAAUUGAAAAAUACUGAAGAUGAACUUUAAAUACUAAAUUUAAAGUUGUAAGAAGAACAAAAUAAAUAUGUAGAGAGUUUAAAAGAAUUAUCGAUCUAAAAUGAGUGCUAAAUUUAAGAAUUAAAUCAAAAGAUAGGUUAAUAAGAUAAUUUAGUGAAUUAAAUGUAAAAAGAAUUAGAAUUAAAAGAAUAAUUGUAUGAAGAAAUCUGUUAGAAAUUUGAAAUGACAUUUAUUUUGGAUUAAUUUGAAUUUUGA